AUGUCAGCUUCUGUUGAGCUGGCGCGUGUGUAUUCGGUAUCAGGUGGGACAUCGUCCGCACCUGAGCAGGCGUCGUACAAUUCAACCUCAUUGCCAGAUAUAUUGCGUCGAUCUGGAUCUUCGAAUAAACGGAAGAAACGCAAAGCAGCUAUUGAAAAUGACAAGAUCCUCUCGAAAAUCGAGUUGAUUCAGGACUUCGAAUUCCCUGUGGCCAGUAACAAGAUUCGCUGCACGAAUGAUGGCAUGCACAUCAUGGCUACAGGCAGUUACAAGCCACAGAUACGUGUGUGGGAGUGCGAGCAGCUAAGUCUCAAGUUUGAACGUCACACGGAUGCUGAGAAUGUCGACUUCCUGUCCCUGCAUUUGCAAAGUGAUCGGUCUCUUGAAUUGCAUAAUCAAGGCGGAAUGCACACGCGCGUGCGACUGCCGCGCUUCGGACGGGCUCUGGCAUACCACUAUCCAUCGGCUGAUGCCCUCGUUGGGGCUGUUGGUCAAGAGGUUUAUCGGUUGAAUUUGGAUCAGGGACGCUUCCUUUCGCCGUAUGUGUUAGGUUCUCAAGGAAAUACAGUGCAUGGCUGUAAUGCAGUGGACGUGAAUCCGGCUCACGGGCUUUUGAGCUUUGGCACGGAAGGGAGUGGCAUUGUGGAGUUGUGGGAUCCUCGCAUGCGUCGGCAGGCCGGCUCUCUUAGUAUUGCAACUCGGACGGUCCUGGAUGCGGCUCUGCUUGCUGCUCGUCGGCAGUUGCCUGGCGUUCAGCUGACAGACGACCCAGAGGGCGAGGCGGUGGCUCAGGCAUCCAACUCGCUCUCUGUGACGUCUUUGUCGAGUGCUGCUGAUGGGCUGAAUUUGGCCGUCGGGACGAAUACAGGGCACGUCCUCUUAUACGACCUACGGAUGGAUAAGCCAUACACGACCAAGGAUCAAGGAUUUGGCCUACCUAUCCGGUCUCUGUCUUGGCCAGGCGAUACCAACCACGAUACGCAAACACGCACACGCUCUGAAGCAGAAGGCAAAGUGCUUAGUGCCGAUGCGAAAGUUAUCAAGAUCUGGGAUAAGCAGUCAGGCGACAAUUUGGUGUCCGUGGCACCGGCUGGUGCCUUGACGAACCUGAAUCAGGUGAUCCAGUAUCCAGGCAGUGGACUGUUGAUGGCGGCCGUCGAAGCUACACAGAUGGCUGCUUGGUAUGUCCCUGCGCUAGGUCCAUCGCCUCGCUGGUGCAGCUUUAUCGAUAACAUCACGGACGAAAUUGAAAUGACGGAUAUGGCCAAUGUCGGAGGCAGUGGUGUGAAUGCGUAUGAGGACUUCAAGUUCGUUGAUCAAGCCGAGCUGGAACGUUUGGAACUGACACAUCUCAUUGGUACACCUCUCUUGCGGCCUUACAUGCAUGGUUACUUCCUUGCUCUCAAGCUGUAUGAACGUGCUCGUCUUCUCGCACAUCCCAAGGCCUUUGACGAAGCCAAGCAGCGAGCGAUCCAAGCAAAGUUGGAGCGCGAGGCCGAGAGCCGCGUCCGCAGUGUGCAUCAAGUGUCGAAGCCUGGUCGUCAUGUGCAAGUGAACCGUCCUUUAGCCGAAAAGCUGGCACAAAAUGCUGGAGAUGGCAGCGAAUCACUCUUGCACGAUGACCGAUUCAAAGAGUUGUUCACCAAUCCUGAAUUCCAAGUCGAUGAAUCCAGCCGCGAGUAUGCUCUGUUGCAUCCAAGUGCUUCGCUCCAGGCACGUCCUGCGCUGCGCGAGUCGGAACGCAAGACGGUGCCUGCUCUGGCUGAGGAAAUGGAGAGUGAUGCGGAAUCACUUGAUCCUGACGAGGAAGACAUGGCUGAAUCCGAGUCCGAGUCCGAGUCUGAGCCAGAGCCAGAGCCAGAACUAGAUCAAAGGCACAAAGCUAAAGCGGCGUCUCAUACGGCACCCUCGCAUGUCAAGCCAAAGCAUAUGCCUCGCAUGGUACAUUCAUUCGAGGCUGCUGCCGCUGGCGAGGACCACGACGAACGAACUCUCGGUGAUCGUGCGCGCAGUCAAUCUUCGCGUCCACAAGUAUCAGAUGAUGCACUAUUCGCUGGCACAUCUAUUUCAUGGACGCCGUCCGCUUCCGCACGACCUGAACGCGAAGCUGCAAGAGCGGCCAAGAAGGCCAAGAAGCAGGCUGCAUCCGAGACGUUUGGUAUGGGUCUAUCCAAAGGUGCUGGUGUCGAGCAGGGCUAUGGUGUGGAAGCAUUGUCUGAACAGGCACGCUCUGGGCGCAAGGAACGCCGAAAGCCUACGCGGAGUGCCAGUAAGAAUGCUAUGCGGGCCGCAACGUCUGGUCCAUAG